CACACGGACCUAACACAUAACCCACACAGAUAAAGUUCACGGGAUUGUCCCAGGGAAGAGUAUAAAUACGAGGAAUGCCCCAUCCUUGUUACUGUGUUGUGAUUUGUCAACUACUGAAUACAGCCCACAAAAUGCGUUUGUUCCUUGUCCUCCUGCUUGUGGCCACAGUGAUGGUGUCAGAGUCUGAUGCCUGGAGACGUGUUCGAUGGCGAAGAGUUGCCAGAAUAGCUGGCACAGCAGUAAAAGUUGGAUCUGUAUUGUUGGGCAAACGUGAUGUGGAAAGCCUUGAUGCAAACAUGGAUGGAACAAUUGACCAAUCAGAAGCUGAGACGAUAAUGGACAGACGAUCGGCCAUGGAGUUGCUUUCUUUUGCAGAUGAAAAUGGAGACACAAACGUGAGUUUGGAAGAGUUCGCCAGGACCAUCGAGAACAUUGAGGAAUGAAUUGAGAUAACCCCAUUGUAGAGAGAGUGGCACUACACCAUUGAAGUUGAUCUCGUAAAUGAUUCUGAAUGAUUCCGUUGCAAGUGUAUGAUUUCAAUAAAUCAUCAUAACCAUCAA